GACGCCUAGUGGAGAGCUGCGCAUGCGCAGUAACGCCUCCAAUCCUGUCAGCUUCACUGCUACCUCACUGGAAAGGAGGACUUUAACUUCCGCCUCCGUCAUGGCGGCACUGUGCUGCUCCUGAUAUGGAAAAACUGAGAAAAUAACAAGUGUGGGUCUGACCACGGGAAGUGCAGGAAAGGAGUGUUGUUGUGAACGUCAUGGCGGCUCAUAAACCUGCUGAAUGGGUUCAGGCUGUUAUUAACAGAUUCGACGAGCAGCUCCCGGUCAAAGCCGGGCAACAGAACACGCACACCAAAGUCAGCAGUGAGCACAACAGGGAAUGUCUCAUCAACAUCUCCAAGUACAAGUUCUCGCUGGUCAUCAGCGGCCUCACCAACAUCCUGAAGAACGUCAACAAUACGAGAAUCGUUGGCGAGGCUACAGAGAAGAACCUCUAUCUAUCUCAGCUCAUCAUCCUGGACACGCUAGAGAAGUGUCUCGCUGGGCAACCGAAGCACUGUAUGCGUCUUGAUGAGACGAUGUUGGUGAAGCAGCUCCUCCCAGAGAUCUGUCACUUCAUUUACACAUACAGAGAGGGGACUCAGUACGCUGCUGAGCUGUGCAGCUCCGCCUCCGGGGUUCUGUUCUCGCUCAGCUGCAACAACUUCAACGCCGUCUUCAGCCGCAUCUCCACCAGGUUACAGGAACUGACGGUGUGUUCAGAAGACACGGUGGACGUCCACGAUAUCGAGCUCAUCCGCUACAUUAACGUGGACUGCUCCAAACUCAAAAGACUCCUGCAAGAAACGGUGUUCAAAUUUAAAGCCCUGAAAAAGCCUGCACAGCUGAGCGUCAUCUACAGUCUAGAGAAGGCGUUCUGGAACUGGGUGGAGAAUUACCCAGAAGAGCUGAACACGCUGUACCAGAGACCACAGACAGACAUGGCAGACUGUGCAGAGAAGCUCUUUGACCUGGUGGACAGUUUUGCAGAGAGUGUGAAGAGGAAGGCAGCUGUGUGGCCGCUGCAGGUCCUCCUCCUCAUCCUCUGUCCUAAUAUCAUACAGGAGCUGUCGCAAGAGCUACUAGAGGAGAGCAAGGUCAACAAGAAGCUGUUUAUAGAGAGCCUGAGAAAGGCUCUGCUUGGCCAUGGGGGCAGUAAGCAGCUGACGGAGAGCGCAGCCAUCGCCGGUGUAAAACUGUGUAAAGCCUCCACUUACAUCAGCUGGGAGGAUCACUCCAUCAUCUUCCUCCUGGUGCAGUCCAUCGUGGUGGACCUGAAGGCCCUGCUGUUUAACCCCUCGAAGCCGUUCUCCCGUGCUGCAGGCUGUCAGAGUGCAGACGUGGAUCUGAUGAUCGACUGCUUCGUCUCCUGCUUUCGCAUCAACCCACAUAAUAACCAGCAGUUUAAAGUCAGCUCUUUGUCUUCAUCAUCCUCAUCAUCCUCAUUGUCAUUUCUCAGCAUCAGGAAGAUCAGUUACGCCGUCACCCUCUUAUGGCUCAUGUCUCUUUCUCACUGUGCUGCUCUCUCUCAGGUCUGCUUGGCUUCAUCUUCAUCGUCCAUCUUCCACAUUGUCUUGGUGAACUCGCUGCACAGAAUCAUCACAAACUCUCCACUCCACUGGUGGCCCAAGAUCGACGCUGUGUACUGUUACUCAGGCGAGCUGCGCGCCAUGUUCGCCGAGACGCUUGGCUGCAGCACACACACUCCCCUGCGCAUGACGAGUCUGACGUUUAAGGAGAAGGUGACCAGUCUGAAGUUUAAAGAGAAGACCACUGACCUGGACACCAGAAGUCAUCGAUAUCUGCUGCUGGCUCUGGUGAAGCUCCUGCACGCCGACCCCAAGCUCCUGCUGCAUAACCCGGGGAAGAACGGUCAGGAGAUCCAGAGCAGCACAGCCGAGCUCAUCAAAGGGCUCAUGCAGCUGGUGCCCCUCACCAACCUGGGGGAGAUUUCCCAGGAGGCCAUGGAGGCUUUGCUGGUCCUCCAUCAGCCAGAAAUCAUCGAGCUGUGGAAUCCUGACGCUCCCAUGGAGACCUUCUGGGACGUCAGCUCCCAGGUUCUUUACUUCAUCUGCUCCAGGCUCAUUAGCCACCAGCAGAUCAACAGCACCGAGAUACUCAAGUGGCUUCGAGAGAUCCUCAUCUGCAGGAACAAGUUUCUCCUCCGGAACAAAAAGCGUGCUGCGACAGGAAGCAGCAUCCCCAUGUGCAGACAGGCCCAGGCCAAGCUGGAGGUGUGUCUCUACAUGUGCCUGUGGAGCCCAGACAUGGAGGCCGUCCUGGUGGCCAUGUCCUGUUUCAGGCACCUCUGCGAAGAGGCCGAAAUCCGAUGCGCCGUGGACGAGGUGCCUGUGCAGACCAUCCUGCCCAACUAUAACACCUUCAUGGAGUUUGCCUCCAUCAGCAACAUGAUGGCUGCAGGUCGAUCAGCCUUACAGAAGAGAGUAAUGGCUUUGCUCAGGAGGAUUGAGCAUCCCACACCUGGCAACACUGAGGCUUGGGAGGACACGCAUGCCAAGUGGGAACACAACACCAAGCUGAUCGUGAACCACCCGAAAGCCAAGUUAGAAGACUGUCAGGAAUGGAUCAACAUGACGGGCUUCUUGUGCGCGCUGGGCGGUGUGUGUCUUCAGCAGAGGAACCCCCCAGGCCCGGCCACCUACAGCCCCACCAUGGGUCCUCUGAGCGAGAGGAAAGGCUCCAUGGUGUCCAUGGGCUCGUGUGAGGGCGACGCCGAGACCCCUCUCAGUAAGUUCCUGGACCGUCUGCUCUCUCUCCUGGUGUGCAACCACGAAAAGGGCGUGCAGAUCCAUAACAACGUCAAGGACCUGGUGGGUCUGGAGCUGAGCCCAGCUCUCUACCCCAUGCUCUUCAACAAGCUCAAGAACAGCAUCAGCCGCUUCUUUGAAGCACAAGGGCCGGUGCCGAUCAACGAAACAAACACGCAGUUUGUGGAGCAAACUAUUGCCAUCAUGAAGAACCUGUUAGAUAAUCACACAGAAGGCAGCUCUGAACAUCUGGGCCAGGCCAGCAUCGAGAACAUGAUGCUGAACCUGGUCAGGUACGUGCGCAUUCUGGGUAACAUGGUCCAUGCCAUUCAGAUCAAAACCAAGCUGUGCCAGCUGGUGGAGUUGAUGAUGGAGCGCAGAGACGAUCUGUCCUUCUGCCAGGAGAUGAAGUUCAGGAAUAAGAUGGUGGAGUAUCUAACAGACUGGGUCAUGGGAACCUCAAACCAGACAGCUGACGACGACGUUAAGUGUCUGACGAGGGAUCUGGACCAGGCGAGUAUGGAGGCUGUGGUGUCUCUGCUGGCCGGGUUACCGCUCCAACCGGAGGAAGGAGACGGGGUGGAACUCAUGGAGGCCAAGUCUCAACUUUUCCUCAAGUACUUCACACUGUUUAUGAACCUGCUGAACGACUGCAGCGAGCCGGAGGACGACGGGCAGCAGGUUACCGGCUGUAAGACGGGCAUGUCGAGACGCCUGGCGUCGCUGCGCCACUGCACCGUGCUGGCAAUGUCCAAUCUGCUCAACGCCAACGUGGACAGCGGCCUCAUGCACUCCAUCGGUCUGGGCUACCACAAGGACCUGCAGACUCGUGCCACCUUCAUGGAGGUCCUGACCAAGAUCCUGCAGCAGGGCACAGAGUUCGACACGCUGGCUGAGACGGUGCUGGCCGACCGCUUCGAGAGGCUCGUGGAGCUCGUCACCAUGAUGGGCGAUCAGGGAGAGCUGCCCAUCGCCAUGGCACUGGCCGAUGUGGUGCCGUGUUCUCAGUGGGACGAGCUGGCGCGGGUUCUGGUGACAUUGUUUGACUCGCGUCACCUGCUUUAUCAGCUGCUGUGGAACGUGUUUUCUAAAGAGGUUGAACUUGCCGACUCCAUGCAAACGCUCUUCAGAGGGAACAGCCUGGCCAGUAAAAUCAUGACCUUUUGUUUUAAGGUCUAUGGUGCUACGUAUCUACAGAAGCUUCUGGAGCCCCUCCUUCGUGGAGUCAUAACAUCUCCUGAGCUGCAGAUGAUCAGUUUCGAGGUGGAUCCCACCAGACUGGACCACAGUGAAUUGUUGGAGGAAAACCAGCGCAGCUUGCUGAACAUGACCAACCGCUUCUUCCUGGCCAUCAUCACCUCCUCCAGUGAAUUCCCUCCACAGCUGAGGAGUGUGUGUCACUGUCUGUUCCAGGCCACUUACUACUCUCUGCUGAAUAAAGCCGCAGUUAAAGAGAAAAAGGAAAGCAAAAAAGCAGUGGUGAGUCAGCGUUUUCCUCACAACAGUAUCGGUGCCGUGGGCAGCGCCAUGUUCCUGCGCUUCAUCAACCCAGCCAUCGUGUCCCCUUACGAAGCCGGGAUCCUGGAUAAGAAGCCUCCUUUGAGAAUAGAGCGAGGACUCAAACUCAUGUCCAAGAUUCUGCAGAGCAUCGCCAACCAUGUGUUGUUCACAAAGGAGGAACACAUGAGACCUUUUAACGACUUCGUGAAGAACAAUUUCGAAGCAGCCCGAAAGUUUUUCUUGGACAUUGCUUCUGAUUGCCCUGCCAGUGACUCGGUGAAUCACAGCCUCUCGUUUAUCAGUGAUGGCAACGUUCUCGCUCUGCAUCGGCUGCUGUGGAACAACCAGGAGAAGAUCGGCCAGUACCUCUCCAGCAACAGGGAUCAUAAAGCGGUGGGUCGACGUCCCUUUGACAAGAUGGCGACUCUCCUCGCCUACCUCGGACCUCCUGAACCCAAACCGGUAGCUGACACACACUGGUCCAGUCUGAACCUCACCAGCUCCAAGUUUGAAGAGUUCAUGACCAGGCACCAGGUUCAUGAGAAAGAAGAGUUCAAAGCCUUGAAAACCCUCAGCAUUUUCUACCAGGCAGGAACGUCCAAGAACGGCAACCCUGUCUUCUACUACAUCACUCGCAGGUUCAAAACUGGGCAGAUUAACGGAGACUUGCUCAUCUACCACGUGCUGCUCACUCUCAAGCCCUACUACGCCAAACCGUACGAGAUCGUAGUGGACCUGACCCACGCUGGCCCCAGCAACCGCUUUAAAACCGACUUCCUCUCCAAAUGGUUUGUCGUCUUCCCAGGGUUCGCCUACGAGAACAUAGCAGCCAUCUACAUCUACAACUGUAACACGUGGGUGAGGGAAUACACCAAGUACCACGAGAGGCUCCUCACCGGCUUGAAGGGCAGCAAGAAGCUGCUUUUCAUCGACUCGCCUUCAAGGCUGGCUGAACACAUCGAGCUGGAGAAGCAGAAGCUUCCGGCUGCCACGCUGACCCUGGAGGAGGAUCUCAAGGUGUUUCAUAAUGCUCUCAAACUGGCCCACAAGGACACCAAGGUGUCCAUCAAGGUGGGUUCCAACGCGGUGCAGGUGACCGCGGCAGAUCGCACACGGGUCUUGGGCCAGUCCGUCUUCCUCAACGACAUCUACUACGCUUCAGAGAUCGAGGAGAUCUGCCUAGUGGAGGAGAGCCAGUUCACCCUGACCAUCGCUAACCAGGGCACGCCGCUCACCUUCAUGCACCAAGAGUGCGAGGCCAUCGUACACUCCAUCAUCCACAUCCGCACGCGCUGGGAGCUCUCUCAGCCCGACUCCAUCCCACAGCACACCAAGAUCCGGCCCAAAGACGUCCCCGGGACGCUCCUGAAUAUCGCCCUCCUCAACCUGGGCAGCUCCGACCCUAGUCUCAGGUCAGCAGCCUAUAAUCUCUUGUGUGCCUUAACCUGCACCUUCAACCUGAAGAUCGAGGGCCAGCUGCUGGAGACGUCGGGUCUGUGCAUCCCGGCCAACAACACCCUCUUCAUCGUCUCCAUCAGCAAGACGCUGGCAGCCAACGAGCCCCAUCUCACGCUGGAGUUCCUGGAGGAAUGCAUCUCCGGCUUCAGCAAGUCCAGUAUCGAGUUGAAACACCUCUGUCUGGAGUAUAUGACUCCUUGGCUGCUCAACCUGGUUCGCUUCUGCAAACACAACGACGACGCCAAGCGUCAGCGGGUCACCGCCAUCCUGGACAAGCUCAUCACCAUGACCAUCAACGAGAAGCAGAUGUACCCGUCCAUCCAGGCCAAGAUCUGGGGCAGCCUGGGGCAGAUCACAGACCUGCUGGACGUGGUGUUGGACAGCUUCAUUAAGACCAGUGCUACAGGGGGCCUGGGCUCCAUCAAGGCGGAGGUGAUGGCAGACACCGCUGUGGCUUUGGCCUCUGGCAAUGUCAAACUGGUGUCUAGCAAGGUCAUUAUCCGCAUGUGCAAGCUCAUGGAUAAGACGUGCCUGUCCCCGACGCCGACGCUGGAGCAGCACCUGAUGUGGGACGACAUUGCCAUCCUGGCACGCUACAUGCUCAUGCUGUCCUUCAACAACCUGCUGGAUGUGGCAGCUCAUCUGCCCUACCUGUUUCACGUGGUGACGCUGUUGGUAGCGACGGGGCCGCUGUCGCUACGCGCCUCCACACACGGCCUCGUCAUUAACAUCAUCCACUCGCUCUGCACCUGCUCACAGCUCAGCUUUAGCGAAGAGACCAAGCAGGUGUUGAGGUUGAGUCUGACCGAAUUCUCACUGCCCAAGUUUUACCUGCUGUUCGGCAUCAGUAAAGUCAAGUCCGCGGCCGUCAUAGCUUUCCGCUCCAGCUACAGGGAUCGCUCCUUCUCUCCGGGAUCGUACGAGCGUGAGACCUUCGCUCUCUCCUCGCUCGAGACGGUGACCGAGGCUCUGCUAGAGAUCAUGGAGGCUUGCAUGAGGGACAUCCCAGGUUGCAAAUGGCUUGAUCAGUGGACCGAAUUAGCUCAGAAGUUUGCUUUCCAGUACAACCCUUCUGUACAGCCCAGAGCUCUGGUGGUGUUUGGCUGCAUCAGCAAGCGCAUCACUCACGGUCAGAUCAAACAGAUCAUCCGCAUCCUCAGCAAGGGUUUGGAGAGCUGCUUAAAGGUGCCAGAGAGUCACAACAGCCAGGUGCUGAUCGAGGCCACGGUUAUUGCUCUCACUAAACUGCUGCCCCUGCUGACCAAGGACUCGCCCAUGCACAAGGCUCUGUUCUGGGUGGCUGUAGCAGUCCUGCAGCUGGAUGAGGUGAACCUGUACUCGGCAGGCACGGCCUUGCUGGAGCAGAACCUUCACACGCUGGACAGCAUGCGUGUCUUCAACGACAAGAGUCCCGAGGAGGUGUUUAUGGAGAUCCGUAGGCCCCUGGAGUGGCACUGCAAGCAGAUGGACCACUUUGUAGGCCUCAACUUUAACUCCAACUUUAACUUUGCACUCGUGGGUCAUCUGCUUAAAGGCUACAGGCAUCCUUCUCCCAGCACUGUGGCACGGACAGUGCGCAUCCUGCACACGCUUCUCAACCUGGUGGGGAAACAUCUCAACUGUGACAAGUUUGAGGUCAACCCCCAGAGCGUAGCCUACCUGGCUGCUCUGCUUACAGUAUCAGAGGAAGUGCGAAGCCGGUGCAGUCUGAAACACAGGAAGUCCCUGCUUCUCUCUGAUGUUGCCAUGGAGAACGUUUUUAUGGAGACGUACUCGAUGCGUACUCGCCACCCCAGCUGCAGGACAUUGAGAGAGAGCCACACUUGGGCAUCUCCUAAUGUUUCCGAACGGUACUUGGUUGCAAACUACCCCAUCGUGGGGCAGAUCAGCCCUCGGACACGGAAAUCCAUGAGUCUGGACAUGGGCCAGGCGUCUCAUGCUAACACCAAAAAGCUUCUGGGGACCAGAAAAAGUUUUGACCACUUGACAUCAGACUCUAAAGCACCAAAGAGGCCAGAGAUGGAGUCUGGCAUCACAACUCCACCCAAGAUGAGAAGAGUGGCAGAGAACGACUAUGAAAUAGAAUCUCAAAGAAUCUCUCAGCAGCACCACCACCCGAGUAAGGUCUCCGUGUCCGAGGCCAACGUCCUCCUGGACGAGGAGGUUCUCACUGACCCGAAGAUCCAGGCGCUUCUUCUCACCGUGCUGGCAACGCAGGUCAAAAACACCACGGACGAAUUCGACCAGAGAAUUCUCUACGAGUUUUUAGCCGAGGCCUGCGUCGUCUUUCCAAAAGUCUUUCCUGUCGUUCACAACCUCUUGGACUCGAAGAUCAACACGCUGCUGUCUAUGUGCCAGGACCCGAACCUGUUGCACCCUGUGCAUGGUAUCGUACAGAGCGUGGUGUACCAAGAGGAGACGCCACCGCAGUACCAGCCCUCGUAUCUCCAGACUUUCGGGUUUAAUGGACUCUGGAGAGUCGCUGGACCUUUUUCGAAGCAAAACCAGAUCCCUGACUAUGCUGAGCUGAUCGUGAAGUUUCUGGAUGCUCUGAUUGACAUCUAUCUGCCCGGGAUCGAUGAGGACGGCAGCGAGGAGGCGCUGAGGACCCCCACGUCUCCUUAUCCACCUCCGACCCAGAGCCAGCUCAGCAUCACUGCCAACCUCAACCUCUCCAACUCCAUGACCUCUCUGGCAACAUUGCAACACUCUGCAGGUGUCGAUAAGGAGAACACGGAGAUGUCUCCGAGCGCCGCGGUUCCCAGCAGCGGACGCGCUCGACACGGCUCAGCCAGCCACGUCCAGAAGCAGCGCAGCGCCGGCAGCUUCAAGAGACCGAGCAUUAAGAAGAUCGUAUGAAAACGGCGCCUUCUGCUGGGCCACAGACACCACGCUGCAUUUCUACUCACACGCUCCUUCCUUACUUUCUCUUCUCUUUUGUUUAUCCUCCGUUUUCAGCCAUACGUUGCCUGACGAUCAAUAAAAAAACGCCAGGACUUUUGGGAAAGAAGUUCUCAAAUGUUGGAGAAACAGUCAGUGUUUGAGGAGAAUUUUCCAUGUUUAUAAAAUGAACUUGAUUUAAUUAUUAUUUUUUUAUAUUAUUAUUAUUAUUAUUAUUAUUAUUAUUAUUAUUAUUAUUAUUCCACACCAGAUGACUAAAGGAAAAGCACUGAGAUUUAACAUUGAGUGUUUUGUAUGCUACCCCCCUCCUCUAUCCCCCCCCCCUUUAUUAUCAGUUUUAAUGGAAACUCCUGAAACACACUUCUUUUUUUUUUCUCCACGGGGUUUUAAUUUUCGAACAUUCUACUUUUAGCAAAAGUGAUUGAUUUUUUUUUUUUUCUUUUCUUUUCUUUUUUUUUUUAAAAAAGGCCAAAGUCUAUGAUCAGAUAGCUGGCUUUUAGCACACACACACACACACACACACACACACACACACACACACACACACACACACACACACACACACACACACACAGAGCACAUUAUACUGUAUACUCACAGUAUAAUUUGCACUUCAAUUAAGAGUCUAUAUUUCUGAACAUAUGAAGGUAAUGACGGUUAUAAUAAAUAGCUAGAUCGAGUAAUAUAUGGGGGGCAAGGUGGCUUAGUGGGUAGCACGUUCGCCUCACACCUCCAGGGGUAGGGGUUCGAUUCACGCCUCCGCCUUGUGUGUGUGGAGUUUGCAUGUUCUCCCCGUGCCUCGGGGGUUUCCCCGUGACCCGAGGUAGUUCGGAUAAGCGGUAGAAAAUGAGUGAGUGAGAGUGAGAGAGUAAUAGAUAGAUAGCUAAAUAGAUGGUUUUGACUGUUGCAUGGUUGUUGCUUCCAGAUGGAUGGAUGGAUUUAAGAUCUCCUGUGUGCAGCAGCUCUGUAGAUGGAAACACCAUGUUGAUGAGGGAGAUCUGAGGAGAAUGGAGAGAUUGGUUGGAGCUGAUAGGAAGACUGUGAUAACACAAUCACCUUUGCACAACCGUGAUGAGCUGAAAAGCAUUUCGGAACACAUGAACCUGAGGUUACAGGAGGCACAGGAUGACCCAAGAUAAAAAAAGAUGGAGUGUUUGAGUUUAUAGCAGUCUAGGCUUCUUCCUUGAAAUGAUCUAAACUGCAUUUAUUAUAGUGUAUCUCUCUCCCUGAUGAAGAUGAUGAUGAUGACGAUAUCGCUCAGUCACCAAUCUGUUUCUGAUUAUUAACAUCAGACUGAAAUUUGUUUAGAACCGAACUCUUGAUUGGUGUGAAUAAAUAGGUCUAGUUUCACAUCAAGUUUUGAAAUGAGGAGGAAACUAAAACGGGGCAGAUCAGCGCUUAAAGGUGGAGUUUGUAAGAUUUCUGAUAUUUGUAAAAUCUCAAAGUAUAGAAAUGAAACCGUGCAAUUAUGCUGUAAUAUUCUGUCGUCUCAUGCAGGGUGUAUUCUCGCUUCAUGCCUGUGUUCACAACCCUGACCUGCAUGCAAAUGUAUAAUGAGUCCAAGUGCAGUAACUGCACCUUUAAGAGUCUAAUCUAAGCUAUUUAUGGGCAGGGUUCUGAAUCCUAGACCUUUAAUACUCCGUGUGGGUUUACGUCUGUGUCACUUUUAUGCCAUUUGUCACCACCACCAACCAAAAUACGUAAACAAAUGCAUUUUUUAAUCAGGCUGCGCUUCCCUGGGUGCUCUUAUCCGCAUACAUGAUGUCAUUGACUGUCCUCUUGUCCACUGUGUCAUGUCAAAAGAUAUUUUAGUACUUUUUAUUGAAACUAACGAACUUUGGCGAGGCACUGUGCAGGUUUUAAUGUUAAGGGUUUAUGACCUAUUCGUUCUUUUUUGCAUUUAGGUUGUUUCUUAUUAAUCCUGUUUUUGUUUGACAUUAUAAUAUUAUAACAUUAUAAUAUGGCUUUAUUCUAAUCGUCAGUGAAUCAGUCAGUGAGAGAGUGAGUCAAUGAGUGGGUCAACAAGUUAGUGAGUCAGUCAGACAGUCAGCGAGUGAUUGAGUCAGGGAGUGUGUCAGUGAGUCAGACAGUCAGUGAGUGAGUGAGUCAGUGAUUGAGUGUCAGUGAGUCAGUCAGACAAUCAGUGAGUGAGUUGAAUCAGCAAUUGAGUAAGUCAUUGAGUGAGUCAGUAAGUCAGUCAGACAGUGAGUGAAUCAGUGAGUAGGUCAGUCAGACAAUCAGUAAGAGAGUCAGACAGUCAGUCAGUGAGUCGGUCAGACAGUCAGUCAGUGAGUCAGGCAGUCAGUCAGUCA